AUGUCACAAGAUAAUUAUGAUCAGUCACGUCAAAACAUACAAGGAAUUGAACAAGAUUCUACAGCCGAUCUCCCCAUAAGAUCUGUAAUAAAUAUAAUGGCUUCUCCUCCAAGAAAUCAUUCUACUACUUAUGACCGGCACAUACAUCUAAGAACCCCUGAUCCGAUUAAUGAUUUCCGUCAAUCGCAUAUCGAUUACAAUACAAAAAAACGAAAAAUUUCAGUGAUCGAGGAAGAUGCACAGCAAGAAGAGGACGGUCGUAUCUAUAGGGCUGUCCUAGGAAAGUCGAUGUUUCCUCUUAAAAAUACAACAGAUGAAAUUAUUCGACGUAUAAAUAAUAGUCCAUCAAAAGUACAGAAAACAGUAUUACCUUAUAGCACACCGACUAAGCAACAAUCGAACACUAUUGAUUCACCGUUCCGAAAUUCUUAUUCAUCGAGCCCUCUUCCAUUUGAAGCGCAAAUGAUUCUGACUAGUCCACGUAAACCAUUGAGAUACAUUAGUAAACAUCCAUAUAAAGUGCUUGAUGCUCCAGACCUACAGGAUGAUUUUUAUUUGAACUUGGUUGAUUGGUCCUCAAGUAACGUUUUAGCAGUAGGUCUAGGGACCUGUGUCUAUCUUUGGAGUGCUGCCACGUCAAGUGUCGUUAAACUAUGUGAUUUAUCAAGUCAAGGUAGUCAUAGAAACAGUGUUGAUAACGUCACUUCAGUCAGUUGGAUGCCUACGGGUUCACACAUAGCUAUUGGUACAACUUUAGGUCCUGUGGAAAUUUGGGAUGUACAAAAAAGAAAAAGAGUUAGAAAAAUGAGAGGCCAUUCCCAACGAGUUGGUGCCUUGGCUUGGAAUCAAUACACAGUUAGCUCAGGAAGCCGUGACAGGCUGAUCUUCCAUAGGGAUGUAAGAAUCCCAAGAGAUUUUACAAAAAAAUUGAUAGGACAUCGACAAGAGGUUUGUGGCCUCAAAUGGAAUCCGGAAGGAACACAACUUGCCAGCGGAGGGAACGAUAAUAAGCUUUUAAUUUGGGACAUUGCGAAUGAUGUCCCCCUUCAUAAAUUUCUUCAUCAUACAGCGGCUGUCAAAGCAAUUGCUUGGAGUCCACAUUCGCAUGGUCUUUUGGCAAGUGGUGGUGGUUCCCAAGAUAAACACAUUAGAUUUUGGAGUACUUCAACUGGUGAAGCGUUAGAAUAUUAUGAUACUGAGUCCCAGGUUUGUAACCUUGCAUGGUCUAGGCACUCAAAUGAACUAGUUUCAACCCAUGGUUAUUCUCAAAAUCAAGUAAUUCUCUGGCAGUACCCUUCCAUGGAACAAUUAGCAGUUUUGAGAGGUCAUACAUAUCGUGUCCUAUUUCUUUCCAUCUCACCUGAUGGAGAAAAUAUUGUUACUGGUGCUGGUGAUGAAACAUUGCGUUUUUGGAAUAUUUUUAAUAACGGCGAAAAAGAAAAGAAACGGGAAUCAGCGUUUGAUAUUCGCACACAAAUACGUUAA